UUAAGCGUCGGACAGCUAUAUUUCAAGUGAACCAUAGAACUUAUGGCAUGAGGAUCUUCGGAAUAAUGACGUAUACUAAUACUACGUUAAAGGAUUAAUUUAUGAAAUCGUUUCAGAUAGUGGAAUUGAUUCCUGUAGUUCUGUGGUUAUUAUCACCUUUGUCCAAUAAUAUGGCAUAUUUAGAUUGAGGAAGCUUAGUUAGUCAAUCACUAUCUCACAAGGUUGACAAAUAAAGAAGUGAUUAUAUUGGUUUUGUAAUGGGAACCAACUUUCUUAUCUUCCUGUUAUAUUUAUCAUCGGUUUUAAGUCAAUACCUGAACGAAGAACUAGUAGUAGCUGACUUUGUCAAAUGUGAAGGGAAUGACGUGUUUCAUUGUGACGAUAAACAAACUGAGUGUAUAUCUAAAGACAAAAUAUGUAAUGGUGUAAAUGAAUGUAGUACAGGGCGUGACGAAAGUGUGGAGGAAUGUGGUUGCCUGAAAGACAUCGAAUUCCAAUGUAAUGCGAGUGUGUGUAUCGAUAUGAUAAGACGCUGUGAUACAAAACAGGAUUGUGUAGACGGAAAGGAUGAGGAGGGGUGUGAGGUAUACGAAUGUCUACCAACUCACAGUAAAUGUAAAAACCAUUUUUGUGUACCACAAGAUGUAGCAUGUAAUUUUGAAAAUGACUGUGGCGAUUGGUCUGAUGAGCAACACUGCCAAUACUCUGACUGUUUUCACCAAUCCCAGUUUCGCUGUAACAAUUCUCAGUGCAUAUUUUAUGGAUAUCUCUGCGAUGGUGAAAUUAACUGUGAGGAUGCUAGUGAUGAAACAAAUUGUGGUUCUUACUUCAGAUGUGGAGAUGGAACAUACAAAAAUAUGGACUUAGUCUGUGAUGGUUGGGUUGAUUGUAACGACCAAUCGGAUGAAACUGACUGUGGUCCAUGUAAGACAGAUGACUACCAUUGUGGCAAUGGUAGAUGUAUAAGGUUAUCUAAUGUUUGUGAUGGCAAAUGUGACUGUGGAUAUAGUUGUGAGGAUGAAAACUCAUGUGAUAACUAUUCAUGUACUGUUGGGGAAAAAUAUUCAUGUAGAUUUCAACAUACAACAACUAUUCGGUGUAUCGACAGAAAAUACCUUUGCGAUGGAAGGAAUGAUUGUUGGAAUGCUGAAGGAGGUUUUGACGAAUUUCUUUGUUUAAAGCCAAACCAGACGUGCGCGGACUUGAAAUAUCUAGCUGAUCGACAUGUAGAAAAAUACUUCUUAUGUCCGGAAGGCCGAUGUUUACCAGCUUCCGGGCCUGAAAAUGCAACAUGCAAUUAUUUUUACGAUUGCCUGAAUGGAGAAGAUGAAGAAGGAUGCAUGUUUCCUGAUUGUGGUGUUGACGAGUACAGAUGUACUAACCACCAGUGUAUUCCCGCAAGUCGACAGUGUGAUGGAAAUUUCGAUUGUUUUGACCGAACAGAUGAGGCAAACUGUGGAUUAACUGCUUGUCAGACAGGAGAAGUAAAAUGCCGGAGCGGUCAAUGUAUACCGGAGAUCUGGUGGUGCGAUUACGUCAGAGACUGUCCAGAUGGCAGUGAUGAGACACAAUGUGCUGAGAGAAGAUCCUGUCGUCAAAAUGAAUUCACCUGUAAGAACGGCCAAUGUAUUGAUAUGGAUCAUGUAUGCUAUUAUGACCCAGAUAACCUCAGAAAGGGAUGUGCUGACAAAUCUCAUCUCCUUAACUGUAGUUCAUGGCAGUGUCAACAAGGUCAGUUUAAAUGUAAUAAGUCUUUUUGUAUUGAUGGCCAGAGAAUAUGUGAUGGAGUUCCAGACUGCACAGAAACAUUUGUGGAUGAAACAAAUUGUCCUUAUGCAUGUCCGUAUCAGGUAGAUGUAUGCGUUUGUAAGGAAGAUGAAAUGAAUUGUACAAAUCUUGGAUUAGAAGAUUUGCCUGAAUACCUGAAUUUCGAGGAUAAUAUAAUAAAAUUUGUACUCGCUGGUAACCGAAUUGGGAUGACAUUUAAUACAGAUACAUUUUUUAAACUGGAUAGAUUAUCGUACCUGGAUAUGAGCAACAAUCUAAUUACUGAAUUACCAGACGGUGUUUUCCGGAAUUUGUUUCGGUUAGUAACAUUGAAUUUAAAAGAUAAUCAGAUAAGAAGACUUGGUAAUGAUUCUUUCAGUGGACUCACUAGUGUACGUGCGCUAUAUUUGUCUGGAAACGGUAUAGAGGAAAUUUACCCAUCUGCCUUUGUUGGACUUUCACAGCUGCAAACAUUAGACUUGAGUCAUCAAAGACUUCUUACACUGCAGAGUGGAACUUUCCUUGGUUUACGUAGCCUGUAUAGCUUGGAUUUGUCAUACAACAAAAUCCAGAUAAUACAAGGAGGUGGUUUAAAUGGUUUACUGAAACUGCUCACACUAGACAUUUCAAACAACGAAAUCAUAAUGAUAGAAUCAAACGCGUUUCAUGGUCUUCCAAAUCUUCGGACAUUACAUACCGAUGAGUUUCCUUACUGCUGUAUGGUCAAGACGGUGGAGAAUUGCUACCCAAAACCAGACGAAUUUUCGUCUUGUGAGGAUUUGAUGUCGAACUUUGUCUUACGUACAAGCAUUUGGAUUCUCGGUUCCCUUGCAUGCUUUGGAAAUUUAUUAGUAAUUGGCUGGAGGAUAAAGGAUUUUAAAAAUGGAAAAGUUCAUUCAUUUCUUAUAGCAAAUCUUGCUAUUGGUGACUUUUUCAUGGGUGUGUACCUUAUGAUAAUAGCUGUAGUGGAUACUUAUUAUAGAGGAAAUUAUUAUAUAUAUGACAGAUAUUGGCGGGAAAGUGUAAUGUGUAAAUUUGCAGGAUUUAUGUCUACAUUAUCUAGUGAAUUAUCCGUAUUUACUUUAACAGUUAUAACUAUAGACCGUUUAGUAUGUAUUAUAUUUCCGUUAAAACUGAAACGUUUAGGGAUGAAAGAAGCACUCAUUGUAAUGCCUUCUUUAUGGGUACUGGUAGUCUUUUUAUCCGCAUGCCCACUACUUGGUAUAGAGUAUUUUGAAAACUUUUAUGGUCGCUCAGGCGUUUGUCUCGCCUUCCAUAUCACACCGGAUCAUGUUGGAGGAUGGGAAUACUCCGUAUUUGUAUUUCUUGUGUUAAAUUUCGUUUCAUUUCUUUUAAUAUUUCUAUCAUAUUUGUGGAUGUUUUUUGUGGCGAAAAAAACUACAACAGCUGUCAGAAAGUCUAAAGCGUUAUCUGACAAAUCAAUGGCCAAGCGAAUGACUCUAAUAGUGAUGACAGAUUUUAUGUGUUGGGUACCAAUAAUUUUACUUGGAUUUGCAUCACUUGGUGGUGCUCACGUUCCACAACAGGUGUAUGCAUGGAUAGCAGUAUUUGUACUUCCAUUAAAUUCCGCAAUAAAUCCAGUUUUGUAUACAAUUUCAACGGCGACUUUUUUAGGAAAUGUUCGAAAAAGAGCCUGUAGAUUUCGAAAGUCUUUCACUGGUGGUGCAUCUUAUAGGUCCACCGAUACUAAACAUUCUAUUGUUGAUGAUAAAUAUAUGUGGCAUAGAAACUCUGGUUAUAGACAGUUAGAACUUACACGUCUGCGUGGCCUCAAUAAGUCUUAUUCGCUCACUGUACACAAUAAUCAUAGCACCAUUUCGCGUAUGUGACAACCAUCGUUGUUAUGUUUCGCGUAUGUGACAACCAUCGUUGUUAUGUUUCGCGUAUGUGACAACCAUCGAUGUUAUGUUUCGCGUAUGUGACAACCAUCGUUGUUAUGUUUCGCGUAUGUGACAACCAUCGUUGUUAUGUUUCGCGUAUGUGACAACCAUCGUUGUUAUGUUUCGCGUAUGUGACAACCAUCAUUGUUAUGUUUCGCGUAUGUGACAACAAUCGUUGUUAUGUUUCGCGUAUGUGACAACCAUCGAUGUUAUGUUUCGCGUAUGUGACAACAAUCGUUGUUAUGUUUCGCGUAUGUGACAACCAUCAUUGUUAAAGUUUACAUGAUUUUGCCUGUGGAGUAAUCCAUUACAAUACAUGCUAAAUGCUUCCUCUUUUUGAAAGGGCAGCACAAUUUCAACUUGACAUUAUUUGUUUUAUAAAGUAUGUUUGAAUAUAAUAAUUAUUAAUAGUCAAAUUGAAAUCUGGCAGGGACAAUUUUAACCAAAGGCUAAUAUUUACCAUUAAGUUACCAUGUUAGUGCUCCUGGUUUCCGAUGAUGGAAAACUUCAACCUAAGGAAAGAAUUAUCCUAAUACCAUUAUAACUGUUAAAGGUUAGAGUAUUUUUAUAACCGAAAGUCACCACAUAUCAAAGAAAUUACGCCCUGAGGAGCGUGUCUGUGUCUGCAUGAAUCAGAGGAUUAUUUGAAAACAAACACGGAGAAAAAUCAAUGGGAAUUAUAAUGUGCGGUCGAUCUGACUCUAUAGUUUUCCUUGAUUUUAUCUAAUGUUAAAGUAGAGUGCAGAAUGGUUAAUAGCUUACCUUAAGGAUGUACACCUCUGAGGAGCCAAAAAUUUCAAGAAUUAAACUUUUCUUAACCUGAUUUUUGGGUUUAUAUGACUGAAAGAAAGUAAUUGAUGGAGAAAAAAUCAUACGGUGGUGUACUUCUUAUUUUGCUACGGCCAUUUGAAAAUACCACUUUUUUUUAUUGAUUUUCCCAUUUUUCAUCAAUUUUACACAUUUUUGGGGGGCUAUUAUCAUGAAAAAAAUCACAGUUUCACGAUUAAACUUUUUCUCAUACUUUCACUAAAGAUGAAGUGGACCAAUCUGAAUAAAUUUAUCUUAAGAAAACUGUAGGUUGGUGUUAAUAUAAGAAAGUUUUAUCUAAUUAAUUUGGGAUUUUUCUCUUCUUUUUAUUUUAGAACAAAAAGCAUAUUAUUUCAAACUUCUUUAUAAAUGAUUGAAAAAAUACAUAUCUAAGAAUUUGAAAAGAAAGAUUUGAUAUGGGAUGUACAUACUUUUGGUAAAAUCAUUUCUUUGUACCCUCGCCCGUUUUCUCAACAUUUUAGUUUAAACAGUAUUUUAUUCAAAUAAAUUGAAUUGGAUUGGGCAACAGGCAUAGCCUAUGUAAGCCCUCUCCACAUUUUGGCUUAUGACACUGACCGGAUUGGUUAUAAAAUUUGAAAGUUUUAUCUCUCAAAAACUACAUAAUGUAAGUACACAAUUUUUUUCACAGAGUUUAUUUUUAUUAUAAUAUUUUUUAAAUUCCUUGAUAUUUUCCACUUGUAUUCACAUGUUUUCGUAAUAAUUCCCGAACGAGAUUUCAACGAGACUGAAACAUCAGAAGAAUAAAUCCCCUAAAUCAGUUGAAGCAAUGAUUUUGAUCUUUUACAGAUCAGUUGUAUUCUUUGGGAUUAUAUAAAUGAUUAAGUUGCAAUUCGAAUAACUUUAGUGUAGAUAUAUUCCAAUUCACAUAGAAGAUGUACUAAAAGGCUAAAAAUCAGUAUUAUAUAUUUUUUAUUUACAUUUAUAUUCCAUUUUCAAAUACAGCUGGUGAAUGUAUUGUAUGUAUUAAUAAAAAUGUUCUGUUGCUAUGACAAUUGUUUUUUCUGUUUCAUGUAUUUAUUGUAUUUUGACUUCACAAAUGUAUUUAUUGUAUUUAAUGCAUAAAAUGUUAUUCCAGA